ACAAUACGCGCUGACAACGUUUUUUAGAUAAGACGAUAAAAUUUAAUCAACCGGUUAGAAACUUACCUACCAACAAGUUGCAAUCAGAACAGUUUUGAAUACUAUUAACACCGUGAAUACUGAAUUUAUUAUGAUUAAUAGGCAUUAGGCUAUUAAAAUCGUAAGCAAAUAGGACAUUGAUCAAACUAAACAUAACGCAGUGAAAACUAACAGUAAUCAGUUUCGACUUGGUAGAAUACAAACCAUACAGCCUACUAAAAACACUAAAAAUGGCAUCUUUUUUUAAGUGGUACAGAUUUUACAGCCACACAUAUCCAAUACGGACCAACCUCGUUCAAACAGGUCUAUUGUUUGGUUUUGGUGAUUUAAUGGCUCAAAGCGCAGUAGAAAAGCGCAAACCUGAUGAAAUCGAUUGGUUACGUACGGUUCGCUAUGCAUCUAUUGGGUGUGCGGUUGGACCUACACUAACUAUGUGGUACAAAACGUUGGACAGAUUAGGAACUAAAAACACAAUACCAAUAGUAGCGAAAAAAAUAUUAGUCGACCAAAUGAUUGCAUCGCCAAUUAUUAAUGGAGCUGUAAUGAUUAUGAGUAGAGUGUUCAGUGGAGACAAAUGGCCACAAAUACAAAAUAAACUAGAAGAUAACUAUGUAAAAGUCAUGCUUACUAGUUACUUGAUUUGGCCAGCUGUACAGACAUUUAAUUUCACUAUUGUUCCACAACAGUACAGGGUCUUAACAGUACAAAUAGUGUCAUUAGCUUGGAAUACAUACCUUUCAUUUAUGAGUGUUGGUGGUGAAAAAUCAAAAUAAUCAUAAUAUUAAAAAAUAUAUACAAAAGCACUUAGGGGUGUAUAAUAUUGUUUAUAAAUUAAAAUUACUAAGUUUAUAUUUUAUAUCAUUUGUUAUUUGAAAUAUAUAUUUUUAAUGUGAAUCUAAAAUUAUCUUAAUAUGGAAAACUAUGAAGAGGAAGUUGUAAUGUAAUCAUCUAUGUUAUUAAUAAAAUUAAUUGAUUCUUUAAUA